AUGUUCACUGUAUACGAGACUUCUGCAUGUUCUCAUCGAAAUUCUGAAGCUUCUGUUCUAACCAGCUACUCAAUUACUUCCUCUCCUUUAAGUGUAAGUUAUAAAGAGUUUGAAAAAAAAAGUGAGAUUGCGAACGCAUCAAAGUACUGGAAGUUUCAAGACGGAAUUGUAGUCAUAAUCGAGUUGCCAAAUCGUCCUCAGGACAUAGUUGAUUAUAUUGGAUUAACAACUUGUCAUGUUACUCCAGGACAUAUAACAAGGGGUUCUAGUAAACAACUGGAUAGUUCAUUCGUACCAAGACUUCUGCCUAAGCCAGCCCAAAACCUAUGUGAUGUUCAGGGUAAUCCUUAA